GAGUUGCGCAUGAAUUAUUAAAACAAAAAGAAUCAUCAGAUCCAUAUAUUUGUUCAGUUAAGUUUCUUGAUAGUGGUCAAUAUCUUGUUUUAUGUGCCCGAAAAGAACAAACAGAAUUGCUUUCUCAAUCAUUAUAUGUUGAGAUUGAUAUGGCGUUCAAAAGAAUUCACAGUGCUGCAAAUAAGUGGAAAAUUUGUGCAUAUGUUCAUCGUUAUCAAAAAGCUAAAGCAUAUCAAUAUUUGUUUGAAGAUUUGUUUGAUAAUGUUGAAAAUGAUACGCACAAGCCAUUUGAAUUUCAGCAUAUUCAUAGUCGUAGAUUAGGCUGUAUAAUUGUGGAUGAAUAUCAAGGACAAGCACUUG